CGGCUCAUAUAAAUCCCAGCCUAACCACCAGCGCACACCUUCCUUCCUACCUUCUGCCCGCCCGCGGUUUCACAGGUCUUCAACCUUCUCGCCUCCUUGCGCGAUCUGCUUCACGUUUUUCCCCUCGCCGCUCCACGCGCGCGGUACGUUUGCACGGAGAGCAGGCACGGCACGGCCGCAAUGGCGAGGAGCACGCGGUCGGUGGCGACAGAGCGCGCCUACAACCACUUUGCGCCGUCGUCCACGCGCGGCCUCAUGGUCAUGGGGUACCCGGCCACGGCAAGGGGCCCCGUCACGGCCGACGAGUUCGACGAGUCAGACAUCUGGGGGUCGUUCAACCCGGCAGAGGAGGCCGAACAACUGGCAAGGUCGGGCGCCGAGCUACCCCGGGUCCGUGCAGUCCCGUCUGCCCGUCCCGGGAGGAAGGCGAAGCCGGUGGACAGGACCGGCGGGGGCGGCGCCGCGCACGGGUCGCUGCCCGUGGCCAUACCGGACUGGUCCAAGAUCCUUGGGGAUGAGUACCAUGGGCGCCAGGCCGGGGACUGGGAGCUGGACGACGCGGACGACGAGGACAUCGAGGGCGCCCCGGUGGUGCCGCCGCACGAGCUGGCGUGGCGGCGCCGGGCCGCAUCGCUGUCGGUGAACGACGGGAUGGGGGUCGGCAGGAUGCUCAAGGUCAGGGACGCGGUCUGGAAGAAGACGGGGUUCCAGGCCUGACGCGCUCGGGCCCGGCCUCGUCGCCACUACUACUCGUAGCUGUUUUCUUUUGACAUGUCGAUUCGGAAUUUCGGAUAAAGCUAGCUACUAGCUUGUAGAAGUUGGUUGUUUUGACCGAGUUUUGGGCUCCGGGGUAGAGAGAGGAGUGGAUGCUGAUGAGAUGAGUGAAUAUUGAUCAUUGUUCGUCCCUGCUGUGCAGUGUUUUCCCGAGAGAACGCCGAACGUUUUCUGAUA